CAGUGAGGUUGAUCCGGUCACCGAGCGCUGACUGGGCCUGGGCCUGCUAUCUCGGCGGAGCCUGGGGAGGGGGCCGCCGUCACCAGGAACUAGCUACGCUGUCCGUGUUUUAAUUCUAAAGAGAAGCCCAUCCUUCAUCCUAUCAACACCAAGUUGCCUACAAGACGUGUAGGUUGUGUACAGUUUGGCUCUUUCUGCUUUGUGGAGAACCUCCAGCUAACAAUCACCUGACACUCGCACGUUUCUUCCCAGGUGGCUGCAUCCACGGGAGCUAUGAACCAAAACCAGCUGGAUCCUCAGCCCCAGGUGACCCAUAUCCCAAAGCCCUCUGGCAGCCUUGCCAGCGCUGACGAACAAAUUCAUUCCUCUGUUGCCUCUCCUGGAAGUCGUUCAGCUGCUGGCCCUUCCCCCAUCAGUGGAUCGGGGUUGACGCAGGGUGUAUCCAGCCCUGGCACCUACAUCCAGAUUCCAAUAAAUGCUGAGGUUCGCUGGAUAUCCACGUUCUCAUUGCCUACUGCAGUUCAACAUAAGAUCUUUGGAGGAGCGAACAACCUGCCCAAGGGUGGGGAGAGCAGCAAACCCACCACGGCCAUUUAUAUUUACCCGGUCAACCCAGUGAAGGUGACUGAGGCGAAUCGCCUCUUGCCUUUGGCACCUAAACCGUUACCACUGACCCAGGGGGCUGGUGGGUUGAAUGUUCCAGCUAAGGAAACACCUACUGCCUCACCGGUGACCAAGGCAACCAGCAAAGAAUCUUCAGGAAGACAGGACACCAAGGCGAGCAGAGUGGGUAAGGCAUGUGCUUCCACUCCCACACCCGUUUCUGUAAAGUUUUGUGACAAUCUGGCCUCUCAGGUGCUGAAGACAUUCGUGAGGCAGCAAGCAAAGGGCGCCAGCGUGGAUAGCUUGAUGAAGGCUUACUGCAAUAGCCCACUGGAAACCAAGUUUGGGAGUUCAUUCAAGGAUAAUGCACUGCUCCUCUUUGAUGGACAGCUAUACUUCCUAGCCCAGAAAGGGAUUGAGAUUCCCACUGGUGCUGAAAAAGGACGGCAACAAGGAAGGAAAUCAAGAUCACGUGACAGAAAGGCGGUCCAUGCUGACGGAGAGAGGCUGGCAAAGACGAUUGAUGCCAGUCGUAACUUGCUUCAUACUUCAAGCACCAGACAGGAUGGUGAUUUGCCUGAGAAGAGCCAUGAAUGUGACACAAAAGGAAAAGAAAAGCGAGUAAAGAGAAAUAAAUGUUCAAAUAAUUCUCGUGGGAUUAACGUGGCUGACCACAGCACAAGUACACAUCCGGUUGAGAAUGGGUCGAAUUUGGGACAAGAGGUUAUAAAAUUAUCAAAUCUCCUUUCAGGAAAAUGUGCUCACAACCCUUGGUUUUCUAAGGACAGAGACUUGUUGUUAAAAGCAGGAAUCCAUUCUGAUGUCAGAGUUUGCCUUGACAGACUAUCUUGUGCUGAUCUUACUAAAAUUUCAGGAUGUCGGUUGGAAAGUUGCAUGAAAUACAUUACAAAAUUCUCUAAGAAGUCUGAUCCUAUGGAUUUGAAACAGUGUGCAGAACAAUCAUUGGCGCCUGGUCCAGCAAAACUAGAGGAAUGUCCAGAGCUUAUCAGAGAGCAUUAUCCAACAGAAUUCAGAGAGUGUCCAAAGCUUUUUAAGGAGUCUGCCCAGGCAGAUUUAGGAGGAGGUCUGGAUGCAUUGAGGGUGCCUGAUGUGAUAGCAUCCCAAGAAUGUCCGGUUCUGUGCAAAGAACUUCCAUUGGAAGAAUAUGCAGCCGUGUCUGGAGCAUUUAGCCCACCAAAACUGGAGAAGUGCCCAGCAAUCUUGAAGCCUGGUUCACUAACAUUGGAAGAAUGUCACAAUUAUUCCAAAACAUGUGUCACAAUAGGAUUAGAAGGUGUUGAUUCUAACAUCAUACCAAGCACAGUGGAAUUUGGAGAACAUUCAGACCCUGCUGUGAGUUCGAGUUCAGCAGAUUUGAUGGACCCUCUUUCUGAAUCUGAAGAGGGAGACCAUAGUAAACGCCAAAGAAAGAGGAAAGAGGUUGAAAAGCCUGGGUGCCCAGGCUUGGAUUGGAUCGAUCAGUCUGUAACUGCCAAGAGGAGAAAACAGCCUGAAGUAGAUCUUGGUCCUGAAACCUCUGCUGAUUCUGAAAUGGAGUCCAGUAGGGGCCUUGACAUAGGAAACCUGGAGAAGGUCCACAAUGGAAAUUCCCCUCCAACAUCGCCGAGCUGUCUUGAAGUUUCAUCAGCACUUGAGCUGAACAGUCUGGUUACCAACGAAGGAAGGACAUCCUCACCCUUUCAUAAAUCACAUCCUACUGAGUGUGAAAACACUGCCGAUCUUUCAAAUCCACUGGAGGUAGAUGAAACGAUCAGAGAUGAAAAAAUAAACCGUCUCAAAGAAAUGCUGAAGGAGAAACAGGCAGCACUAGAUCAGAUGAGGAAGAAAAUCUCACUUUCAGAUACUGCCUCAUAUUCAACUUUGGAGUCUUGUAGACUGUAGUUGCUGGAAUAAACUGUAUACUACAUAUUAAACAGUGUGUUAAACAUAAGCUUUGUGGAAAAUUAAUGACCGCUUCCUCAGGAGUACUGUAAGUUUGAUAUUUCACACGGGAAAGUAGUGACCAUGUGUACCUGUAUAUUUAAAAUCAAUAGUUGAGUAGUCACUAUUUUAAAAUAAAAGAAUUUCUACUUU